AGAAGAUACUAGUGGCGCUACAAGGGUCUUCCGGUGUAUUCAAACGUGUCUGGUCCAGCGAUAUAAGGGAUAGCUAGCCAACCAUGGCUGAAGAAGAACCCCUAGGUGACACCGAGCAGGUACUGCGUCGUCUGAAGCCGAAGUUGAUCGAUACUCUGAGUGCAGACCCUGACUUUGUGCUGCAGCAUGCAGACUCCCUCAGCCUACUGUCCCGGCAUGAGUACAAGCAGGUCAAAGCCCUCACUAACCCAUCAAAACAGGCCCAGGACCUUCUGGACCAUGUGAUCCACAAAGGACCCACUGCUGCAGAGAAGCUUCUGCGGCUCCUGAGGGGCAAAGAAAUGCAGGAGACAUUUCCCAACCUUCUGUUCCUCAAGGAAUUGCCAGUGAAUGAUCAAAGAGCUGCAGGUGAAACGGGUACAGGGGGAAAUGAAGUUAUCAGAAAGAGAAGACAAACAGUUGAGUCUGAAGAGAACCUUCCGGCUAAACAGACAUGCAAGGAUGCAGGCACUAAGAUGGUGGUGGAGAAGGAUCUGAUGCGUGUGGCUCGAAGAAUCGGUCACUCCUGGAGGGAGAUUGGUACAGGGGCCCUAGACAUCCCCUCUGUGAAGCUGGAGCAGAUCCAGGAGAACUAUCCACACAGCCAUGUGGACCGUGUGUUCGCCAUGCUGCGCUACUGGAGCACACUGAAGCGGCAUGAGGCCACGGCAGCCAAUCUCCACUCCCUGCUCUGCCAGGACGACUGGGCCCUGCCACCAGACAGCAUAGACUUUCUCCUGGACACCAUCUGAGACCCUUAGCAGCCUGGCCUUACUACUAACCCUAAAUUCAACUGCAGGGAUUUACCCCAGUGCUUGGCCUCAGACUUUUGUGUUUCCAUGGCUGAGGCUUAGUGGAAAAGGGACCUAACUGGUGGGAUGUGAACCCAUGUCUUCUGCGUGGUAACUCAACGUCUUUACCCUUAGACCAAGAGGAAAUCCUCAUGGUCAGACUGGGUGACAAUUGGUCUUACUUUUUUAUUUAUUUUAAUGUUUUUCAUUCUUUUUUGUUUUUUUGUAAAAAAAUAAUAAUUGUUUUACAAGAUCAGCUUUAAAAACCAUAUCUCUUAUAUUUUAGACAUUUGUUUUGCAUCAUCUCUUGUUUUGUUGCUUCUUUAUUUGUUAAAAAAUAUAUAUCUUUAUUCAUAUUUAAUAGGAUAUAUAAACACUACCGGUCAAAUGUUUUAGAACACCUACUCAUU